GUCAACAUGGCGGCCCGCACGGUGCCUGUGGAUUACGGCAGAGCUUAACGACUUGCUGAAACCCAACGAGCUUGUUUUAUAUUUAAAUAAGCAUAAAACAUGUUUCACUUGCUCUGCUGCAGGGCGAGCCUCGCCGCUCCGGUGCGGUCGUUGCCGUUGCACCCGCGAGGCAACAAGACAGCGGACAUUUGGAAACUUUCACGGUGGUACACGUCUCCACGACCUCCUGCACACGGCUCCUCACGGCGGCCUGGAAAUGCAGUCGGCCGCAUUUGGAGCCUCACUCUGAGCGCUCUCCGCCGGUCCCCCCCCCGGUCAUCCUCACCGCCGGGAGUGGCCCUGAAGUUCAUCCUGGGGCCAGCGGCGCUCACCGUCUCCGCCCGGCUGCUCUGCCGCUCGGCUCACUGCCAGGCCGAUGUAAACAACAACGUCCCGGUGGAGCUUAGAGCCAAAAACCCCGGGCCUGAGUUCAAAUGGCGCAUCUUGUGGGAAUUUGUCAAACCUCAGCUGUUUGCCCUCAUCGGUGCCGUGGUGCUCGCUUUUUGCGCGGCCCUCUUGAAUAUUCAAAUCCCGCUGAUGCUCGGGAGUCUGGUGAAUGUCGUGGCGCGUCACCUGAGGGAACAGACCGGGAGUUACGUCCACGAGAUAAGGGGCCCCGCGCUGAAACUACUGGGGCUGUAUGGAAUCCAGGGCCUGCUGACGACCGGCUACAUCAUCCUGCUUUCGCAAGUGGGGGAGAGGGUGGCCGCCGACAUGAGGAAGACUCUUUUCGCAUCCUUACUGAGGCAAGAUGUGGCUUUCUUCGAUGCCAAUAAAACGGGGCAGCUGGUGAAUCGUUUGACCGCUGACAUUCAGGAGUUCAAGUCGUCCUUUAAAUUGGUCAUCUCUCAGGGUCUGCGGAGUAUCACACAGACCUUUGGGUGUUUGGUCUCCCUCUACAUCAUCUCCCCAAAGCUCACCGGUUUGACGGUCAUCGUCCUCCCUUGUCUGGUGGGAGCCGGCGCUCUCAUUGGCUCGUUCCUGCGCAAACUAUCCCGUUUGGCCCAAGAACAGGUGUCAAAAGCGACAGGGGUGGCAGACGAGGCCCUCGGCAAUGUGCGGACAGUGAAGGCUUUUGCAAUGGAGGAGCGGGAGCUCCAAUUAUAUGCGUAUGAAGUGGACAAAUCGUGUGAAAUGAAUGAAAAUCUUGGUUCAGGAAUUGCGGUUUUCCAAGGACUGUCAAACAUUGCUCUAAACUGCAUCGUGCUAGGAACUAUUUUUGCAGGAGGGACUUUGAUUGCCAGCAAUGAAAUGUCCCCCGGAGACCUCAUGUCUUUCCUGGUGGCCUCACAGACUGUUCAGAGGUCAUUGGCCAGUAUCUCUAUCCUUUUUGGACAGAUGGUGAGAGGAUUAAGUUCUGGGGCCCGGGUGUUUGAAUACCUCGCCCUGGUUCCCACUAUUCCUCUGUCUGGUGGGGGACGCAUCCCGUGCAAUUCUCUAACAGGAAGAGUGGAUUUCAUGAACAUUUCGUUCAGCUAUCCAACAAGACCUGGACAUCAGAUAUUAAAGAAGUUCAACUUAACACUGCCAACUUGUAAAACUGUUGCCAUUGUUGGAGAAUCUGGAGGAGGAAAGUCCACUGUGGCAUCCUUGCUGGAGCGUUUCUAUGACCCGACCAGCGGUUCCGUCAUGCUGGACGGACUCGACAUCCGAACACUGGAUCUGGCUUGGCUCAGGGGACAAGUCAUCGGAUACAUCAAUCAGGAGCCCGUUCUGUUUGGCUCGUCGAUCAUGGACAACAUCCGCUUCGGGAAACCCGAGGCCACGGACGCCGAGGUCAUUGACGCCGCCAUGCAAGCCAACGCUCACGGCUUCAUCACCAGCUUCCCGGACGGCUACAACACCGUGGUUGGGGAGCGAGGCGCGACGUUGUCCGGCGGCCAGAAACAGCGCGUCGCCAUCGCCCGCGCCCUGAUCAAGAACCCCCGCAUCCUGGUGCUGGACGAGGCCACCAGCGCCCUGGACGCGGAGUCCGAGCGCGUGGUGCAGGAGGCGCUAGACAGAGCGACGAGCGGCCGCACCGUGCUCGUCAUCGCCCACCGGCUGAGCACCAUUCAGAGGGCCGACCUCAUCUGCGUCAUGAGCCACGGGCGCAUCGUGGAGGCUGGGACUCACCUGGAACUGCUGAGCAAAGGAGGCAUUUACUCCGAUCUGAUUCGCAGGCAAAGAUCUGAGGGGCAGAAAUGAACACAUUGUUUGCAGUAGAUCUGCACUGCGCGGUGGAAUUUUAUUUAAAAUUGAAUUUAUAGUGAACGGUUGCCUAAAGAGGUUUAGAUUUAGGUAAAACGUGUCAUUUAAAUCUAAUAGCUCUGUCUAGAUUUACGACACACUGUAAGUAUGUAAAAGUGGACCAACUGGAUCAUACUGUGAUUGAUAAACAAGCUACACUAGUGUACAGUAUCCGCAAUUAAAUGGGAAUUAUAUACUACUGUUUUAUUUUUAAUGUAAAGAAAUAUCAAUCCUAUUGUGGCAGAAAAAAUAAAUAAACUGUUUUUAUGAGGUUA